AUGAGUUUCAAGGACAAAGUGGUGUUAGUUACCGGCGCCAGCUCCGGUAUCGGUGCUGCUGCUGCCAUCGAAUUUUCCAAAGAAGGCGCUUAUGUUGUUAUAGUCGCGAGGAACGAGGCCAAAAUGGCAAAGGUCGCCGCGGAGUGCGAGGCUCAUGGCAAGAGACCUUUGGUGAUUAAAGCAGACGUGUCUAAAGAUGAAGAGGCCAAAGCUGCUGUAGAGAAAACCAUAGAGAGAUUCGGCCGUUUGGAUGUUUUGGUGAACAACGCGGGAAUCUUACGGUACGGAUGCUUAUUAGACGAAAGGAUAUUGGAAGCUUUCGAUCAGUUGGUGGCGACGAAUCUACGUGCGGCGGUACAUUUGACGAGUUUGGCGGUGCCACAUCUGAUCAAGACGAAGGGGAGCGUCGUGAACAUAUCAAGUGUGGACGGCUCGUCUAUGGUGCCGCCGUUAUUGGUCCCAUACAGCGUGACCAAAGCGGCCCUGGAUCAUUUCACACGAGGCGCGGCGCUGGAACUCGCCCCGCAUGGUGUCCGGGUCAACGCCAUCAGCCCGGGUCCAGUUUACACGGAUAUCUACGAGAAUGCCGGUCCAGUGCAUCCGAUGGACAAUAGCAAUAUAAAGACCCCGCUCGGCACGAUAUCCCAGCCCGUCGAAAUCGCCGACUUGAUUCUGUUCCUGUCAAGCGAAAAGGCAAAAGCCAUCACGGGCUCCAAUUUCACGUCGGACAACGGAUACGUAUUGUCGAAC